CACCAGUAUCAUUCCUUCUCCACCCUCGUCAACAGCUGACCAACAACAGCAACUGAAAGCCUACCGGACAACAAACAGGUGCUAUGAGAACGACCACCAUCUUGGCCAUGGCCGUACUAGGCUGUUGCUGUCUUGUGACCGACGCUUUCGUAAUUGGUUCCCCAUAUGGCAUCAAUCCUUACAUUCAACUGAUAAAUCGCCGUCAAAUUCCACGAUUUGGACGUCAAGUCAUCUACAAUCCCACUAGAGCAAUCCGAGGAAAAGCCAUCAAGUCCACUCAAGUCAAACAGGUUGCUCCUGCUCGACCAGCCCCACAAGCUCAGAAAGUCUAUCCCCCAGCCCCACAAGCUCAGAAAGUCUAUGUCCCAGCCCCACAAGCUCAGAAAGUCUAUCCCCCAGCCACACAAACUCAAAACGUCUAUCCCCCAGCUCCACAGCCCCAGUAUGUCGUUGCCAAUGGCCUACCUGAUCACUACGGUUCCCAGAUCGAUCAAGGAUACGACACUCAGCCUAUACAUGCUUCCAACAGAAACACACUUAGACACCAACCCUUCCCCCAGAAUACUAUCAUCAUCAUCAAGGAGGACUCCCCUAAUCCCCGUGGUGCUUCCGCCCCUGCACAGGCUCAAGCCCCACUCGCCCCAGCCCCUGCUUCAAUCGUAAUCGAUGCCCCUACCCCAACAGACCCUUUCUCAGCCGCUGGCCCAAACUUUGCAGACCCUUUCAAUGCCCCUUUCCCAGCAGACCCUUUCUUUGAUCCCACCACAGCCUCUGCAGACCCUUUCUCCCUAUCUAACCCUGUAGAUCCAUUGGCUGCCCCCACAUCUGCGCCAGCUAAAACAGCAGCUUCCCCACAGGUACCCAUCCCAGAACCCAACUCUCCAGCAGGGGCUGCAUCUGGCCUCUACCCUGGUGCUUCCCAACGUGGAUACGACGCCCUCGACAACAUGUUGAGACUCAGCAUGCUCGCUGAAAUGGAGCUUCCUCACUAUGGAGGACAUCACAACUUGCACCAGCUCGCUGAAACCCUUGGAGCACCUGCCAGCCGGGGUGCAGCUCAGUAUCAAGCUUCCAAGUCCUCUUCCCUGGGUCACCAGAACCAGUACGAUCGCUUGUUCUCACAGCACCUCGCUGAGGCACUAGACCUUCCUCCACAACAAGGCCACCCAGCGUCAGGUGCUACCCACAAUGCACCCCUCGCUAACAACCCCAACGUAGCUGUGUCACAAGCAGCAGCAGCAGCAGCGGCACCGGCAGCAGUAAAGGCAGCAUCACCAGCAGCUAAACCAGCUGGAGGUCCCCAUGGUUACAACCCUUAUGACCUCUACUCCAUGCAUCUCCGAGAGGCUCUUGACCUGCCUCCUAUGCCCCCUAUGCCUCGCGUGUGAUGUGAUCUUGCCUUCACAUGACUGGUCGGUGCUCUAGCUUUCCACCAGUUAGCUCAGGAUGAUUGGCUCAGAUACGUCUCAGAUAGAUGCGUCUGAAUUAAUUAUUUGUGUAUGGUAUAAUUUCAAAAGAAAAAUUGACCAGAGGUUGACAUGUCACUAGGUCAUCGUUGGUGUUUGUGUCUGAUAAUAAACAUUUGAGAACGAAACAAUAUUUGGUUAGCUUUUCAUCUACACCUCUGUUUAGUUACUUGGCGUACUAUAAUUAUAAACAGAACAGGACAGAAUUUAUAUUGUAUAGUCUGGCCAUGAGGCCAAUAGUAAAGAUGGUUGGAUAAUAUUUGACAUAUUCAAUCAAUUCAAUUCUUUAUUCAUGUACAUGUGUAGGCCAGCGGCCCAUGGUACAAUAUAUGGUCCAUCAUUAACAUUUAUAGGCUUCGUGUUUGGAGUCUAACAUUCAUGGCAUGGUAUAUAAAAGUUGCAACAUUUCUAAUAACAGUUUCAUUGUUUACCGCCAUAACAUUUUAGAACUAUUUGCUAAAGACCAAUGCCAAUCCUGUUCGUAAGCAAAUUUUAAACGAUCUUCACAUUCGGAAAUAAAUGAUUCAGGUCAAAUAACAUAUUGGUUCUCCCAUAUAUAUCCAAAUCCAAGGCUGUAUAAAAGUGUUUUGACUUUUGUAGCCCAAUUAGUUUUACCAUGUGUGGCUAGCUGAAAUAACAUAUCCUAACUUUUCUUAGGAUAUCGUGAAUUUGGGAGGGACAUAAGUUUACACCAAUAUUUUAUACAGCGUUUAUACGCAGAAAUGUACAGUGGGUAUCUUUCACACUCUCCCCGCACA